AUGGAGAUGCAGGUUUCUGCUUCCCAGAAUCCUCCUCCUGCUCCUUUCUCCCCUCCCUCCGCCUCCGCCUCCUCCAAUAACGGUCCCCGGGCCCAGAACCGCCUCUCGGGUGAAUUGAGAAGUCGUGGUUCUAACCCUCCUCUGCCUGUUCCCUCCGGUACGCCAUCUGCUCAGAACGGUCAUUCUCGCAAUCUCUCCGGAUACGAUAUGGCUGCUCGCAGUCCUCCGAAUCAAAGCAAUACCAAGCAUGUUCCCUGCAAGUUCUUCCGUCAAGGAGCUUGCCAGGCCGGUCCAGCCUGUCCGUUUUUACACUCGACCGAUGCGGCGAUCGACUAUGCGCCUUGUAAAUAUUUCACCAAGGGCAACUGCAAGUUCGGAGCAAAGUGUGCGCUUGCACAUAUCCUCCCAGAUGGACGACGAGUGAAUCGACCAAGUCCUUCCCUGGGAAUGGGUGGAGGCCAUCUUAACUUGGGUGGCCGCAUCAACCCGCAGGCCUAUGUCAACCAAGAUUCAGCCUUGACGAAUUCAGUCCUCUCGCAGCAGCGGAUGAUGAGCAACCAAGACCCUCGAUACGUCUCGCAGCUUCCGCCACAAGAAGAAUUCGCCGCUUUGCAUGCGCAGCAACAGCAGCAACCCCAGCCGCCAGCAGCUCCAUAUGAUGCAAUUCCCUCGAUUGAUGCAGGACUGGCCCCGGAAGCCGGUUCGCCUGUCGACGAUAUUCGGUUUCCCAUGUCGCCCAACAAUCCUCUGACUGCUCUCGAUGCACCGCUUCCUGCAUCAUUUGACAGCGAAGGAAUCUCACACGCGGCUCGUUAUGGCCCCGUGGCUGCCUCGAUGCCAUCGAAAUUUGGGCUCGACCUGUCGUCCCCACCUGCCCAGAGAGCUAGACCUUCGGAUGCACUUCGAAACCUUCGCGAUACGGCUUACGCCCCCGACCUACGAAAGCAGUCCUUAAUGGGAUCGUCGCCCCCGGGAAUGCAAGAUGAAGCAAUAGGAACACGACUCUUACACUCACAACGAGCAGUGAGACCUAAGAUGCUAUCCGCCAGUGUUCCUCGACCAACGAUGUUGGACGAGUGGGACGAGAAUUUUCCAAUGGAAGAAGACUAUUUGCCCAUGAAUCUGCAUGAUGAUGUCCUUACCCCCCAGGAAAAGCUCCGACGACUGUCGCGCACUGAACACGAAUACAGUUCGAGUCACCGUGACAUGAGCGGGCUCGGCAUGGCCAGUUCCAGUUUCUCCAAAAUGGGCUCUCCCCUCGCAUCCAGCCCAUCCCGUUUCGGUGCAUUGUUCGCUAAACAACGGCAAAAGAAGGAAGAAGAAGGCCAUGCAACUGGCACGUCGCUCCCUCAAGUUGGUUCACCCCUUCGCGAGUCUUCUCUUCGUGAGUCUUCUCUGAACCUGGGCACGAGUCCCAGUCUCGGCCCCAUCGGAAGUCGGAGCACUGGCAGUCCCGCACGACAACCGUCGACAUCCAUGAUUUCACAGCAGCUCAGCAACAUGUCUCUUCAUCCUGGCUCUGCACGUCAUUCCUCGUCUAUGGGUGCGAGCAGCCGUCUAGACCGUACCGUUUCGUCGCCUGUCAACACCAGCACGAUCGACGAGGAAGAACAGAGCGACUUGGUUUUCUCCAUGGAAGAGGAAGAGAACAACAAGCGGUGCAGCAUUUCGUGGGACGCCAACAAGGAGGAUUCGAACGAUGAGGUCAGCGCCAGUUAG